AUGGAAUCAAGUCAAUAUCAAUAUAAAAAGUCACCUCCAUUGCCUCCAAAAGAAAAAUCUAAACAAGACAAUAUUGAAGAAAUUAUUAUGGUGGAAAAUAAUAUUGAAGAAAACACAAUUACAAAGAAGAUUGACUUAACAAAAGGAAAUCUUGUGAUAAAUUGUCCUGUACCUAUUCGCGAACUGUUUGCAGGUGUUGUUCCUUAUGUUGAUGGACAGGAAUUUACAAGCCUAAGGUAUACCGCCUGCACAAGCGAUCCAGAUGAUUUCAAGAAAGAAGGAUUUACACUUCGUCAAUCUCCAAAAAGUACAAAAUUAUUUAUUGCUAUAACCAUGUAUAAUGAAAAUGAAAUUCAAUUGGCUAAUACUCUUUAUGGUAUUACGAAAAAUAUUAAUUACAUUUGUAAUAAAAAGGAUCGUCAAGACGCGUGGAAAGAGGUUGUCGUAUGCAUAAUUGCCGAUGGUCGUAAGAAAGUCAGUCAACGCGUUUUAGCUUAUUUGGCAGUUCUUGGCAUCUAUCAAGAUGGUAUUAUGCAAACUAAUGUAAAUAACAAAGAUGUUAAUUCUCAUAUAUUUGAGUAUACAACUCAAAUUGCAAUUAAUCCUGUAAUGAAAAUGAAAACCGCAAAUAUUGAUGAAGGAAUUGUACCAGUUCAACUUAUCUUUUGUCUUAAAGAAGAAAACAAGAAAAAAAUUAAUUCUCAUCGUUGGUUCUUUAAUGCCUUUGGUUCAGUUCUCGAACCUGAAAUUUGUGUUCUUGUUGAUGUUGGUACUAAACCAGGCGACAGAUCUAUUUACGAAUUGUGGGAAGAAUUCAAGAAAGAUCCCAAAGUCGCAGGUGUUUGUGGUGAAAUAGUUGCUUCUAUAGAUAAAGGAUGUAAAGGAUGUUUUAAGUUUCUUAACCCAAUCGUGGGUGCUCAAAAUUUUGAAUAUAAAAUGUCUAAUAUUCUGGAUAAGCCAUUUGAAUCUGUAUUUGGAUAUGUUACCGUUUUGCCUGGUGCUUUCUCCGCUUAUAGAUAUAUUGCCCUUCAAAAUACCAUAACUGGUGAAGGACAACGUGAAGAAGGUCCUCUUGCCUCUUAUUUCCAAUUUGAAAAAGAUGAUCUAAAUACUCCCGUUGAAAGUAUUAUUACCGCUAAUAUGUACCUUGCCGAAGAUCGUAUUCUUUGCUUUGAAUUGUUUACGAAACGUAAUGAUGGUUGGUUAUUGCGCUACAUCAAAUCUUCUCAAGCUAAAACCGAUAUCCCUGAAGAUCUACCUGAAUUAAUCAGUCAACGGAGACGUUGGUUAAAUGGUUCUUUCUUUGCUAGCUUUUAUGCUAUUACACACUUUUAUUACGUUUUCAGAAGUGGUCAUUCCAUCUUUCGUAAAUUUAUCUUUUGUGUCGAGAUUCUAUAUCAAGCACUUAAUCUUCUUUUUUCAUGGUUUGCCUUGGGUAAUUUAUAUUUGACCUUUUUUAUUUUAGGUUCUUCUUUUCAAAGUCAAGCUGGAAAUAAAUGCUCAUCAGAGACUAGUACAAAUAAAGCAAUAUUUGUAAAAGAACAAGGAGGUAUUAAAGCCAAAGUUACAAUAUCCGAUGAAAAUACAAUUAAACGAGCACAUAAAGAAGCAUGGGAUGAAUUAAAUAGAAGAGAACGUAAAGUAAAACGAAAAAGUCCUAAAGAAAAAUUAGAAGAUUCACAAAAAUUUUUUAGAACUUUAGUAUUAAUUUUAUGGAUUUUUACUAAUUCUAUAUUAAUAAUUUUUAUUAAAACUAAUUUAUUAGAUUUAAUUAUUAAUGAACAAAUUCAAUCUCAAAGAUAUGAUUCUUAUGUUAUUUUUAUUUUUUGGUCAGUUACUGGUUUAACGGUUUUUAGAUUUUUAGGUAGUUUUACUUAUGUUUUUUCUAGAUUGUUUUCUAUGUUAUUAUGUGGUUGUUUUUGUUGUAGUAAUUAA